CAGAUCUGGUUCGAUACCCGACUUGUCCAAGUGGGACCCGCUCUGGAGGAAGCUUCUGAAAGAUUCAAGUCGGCAUUUCUUGGACCCGACGGACUUCAACUGUAAAUAUCACAAGCAGUGGUGACCGGUCGGGGGUUCUUGCAGCCAUGGGCAGGCCGGAGGGGUCGGCCGCCGGGGGGGCGCCUCUGCUGUUAGCGUCGGCGCUCCUGGCUCUCUCUCUCUUCUCCGCGGGGGUCUCGGGCCUCCCACAGCCGCUCCCGAGAGUCUUCCUCUCCUUUGAAGACCUGCAGGCGUCCCAGUCCUUCGAACACUACAGCAUAUCAGAGAAGGCCAUGGACUACCGGAUCCUGCAGAUGGACGAGGACCAGGACCGGAUGUAUGUAGGCUGCAAAGACCACGUCCUCUCCAUGGACAUCAACAACAUCACACUUGGCGCGCUUAAGGUGUUUUGGCCGGCGUCUCCGAGCAAGAUAGAGGAAUGCCAAUUGGCAGGAAAGGAUCCCACGCACGGCUGUGGGAACUUCAUCCGGGUGGUGCAGCCGUAUAACAGGACACAUCUGUUCAUGUGUGGCAGCGGAGCGUACAGCCCCGUCUGCGUGUACGUCAACAGGGGCCGCAGACCAGAGGAACAAGUAUUUCACCUCGACUCCAGGACCGAAUCUGGAAAGGGGAGGUGCUCCUUCAACCCUCAAGUGAACACGGUCUCCGUCAUGAUCAACCAGGAGCUGUUCUCAGGCAUGUAUAUCGACUUCAUGGGGACCGAUGCUGCCAUCUUCAGGAGCCUGACCAAGAGGAACGCCGUGAGAACAGACCAGCACAACUCCAAGUGGCUGAGUGAGCCAAUCUUCAUCGACGCCCACCUGAUACCAGACGGAACAGACCCCAACGAUGCCAAAUUGUAUUUUUUCUUCCGCGAGAGGCUGACGGACAACAGUGGAAAUACUAAAAACAUCCACACCAUGGUGGCCAGAGUGUGUCCGAGUGACAUCGGAGGACAGCGGAGCCUGGUGAACAAAUGGACCACCUUUCUGAAGACCCGGAUGGUGUGUUCGGUUCUGGAGGACGACGGCACCGAAACGCACUUUGACGAACUGGAAAAUGUGUUUCUGCUGGAAGCCGAUCAGCCCAAGGCUCUGUUGGUGUUUGGAGUCUUCACAUCCACGAGCUCCGUGUUUAAAGGCUCGGCCGUGUGCGUGUACAACAUGGCCGACAUCCUCACCGUCUUCAACGGGCCCUUCGCUCACAGAGAAGGGCCCAACUUCCAGUGGGCGGCCUUCCAAGGACGCAUCCCUUACCCGAGGCCCGGCACCUGCCCUGGCGGAGCCUUCACGCCCGACAUCCACACGACGAAGGAGUUCCCGGACGACGUGGUGACCUUUGUGCGGAACCACCCGGUCAUGUUCAACGCCAUCUACCCGGUGGGGCGGAGGCCGCUGGUGGUCCGGACCAACGCCGACUACAAGUACACGUCGGUGGCGGUGGACCAGGUCGUGGCCGCCGACGGCAACUACCAGGUGCUGUUCCUGGGCACAGACAAAGGUACGGUCCAGAAGGUGAUCGUGCUGCCGAGCAACCGAUCCCUGCAUCGAGAUCUGAUCCUGGAGGAGCUGGAAGUGUUUAAGGAUCAAGCUCCUGUUACCAACUUGAGAAUCUCCUCAAAGAAACAACAGCUGUACGUCAGCUCGGAGUUCGGGGUCUCGCAGGUCUCCCUGCACCGGUGCGACGCGUACGGCUCGGCUUGCGCCGACUGCUGCCUCGCCCGAGACCCCUACUGCGCCUGGGACGGCCUCAGCUGCUCGCGCUUCUACCCCACCGGCAAAAGGAGAAGCAGGAGGCAGGACAUUAUGCAUGGGAAUCCACUCACUCAAUGCAGAGGGUUCAAUCUGAAAGCCUACAGGAACGCGGUGGAGAUGACGCAGUACGGUGUGAGGAACAACACCACCUUCCUGGAGUGCCUCCCCAAGCCUCCUCAGGCGUCCAUCCGCUGGCUCAUCCACCGGGACAACGACAGGCGGAAAGAGGUGAAGCUGAGCGACCGCGUGGUCUCCACGGAGCACGGCCUCCUCAUCCGCUCGGUGCAGCUGUCCGACCAGGGCCUCUACUACUGCCUGACCACGGAGAACGGCUUCAAACGCACCGUCGCCAAGAUCCGCGUGCGGGUGCUGAGCGAGGCCAUGGUGAGCGUGCUGACGGACAAGCAGCAGUCUCCGUGGGCCUGGGCCAGCUCGCUGCACCCCAAGACCCUGUUGGCGGCCUUCAGUCCGGCCGAGAGUCUCGCCGUGCAGCAGUACUGCAAAGAGAGGAAGCAGCUGCAGGCCCUCCAGCAGCCGCAGCCGCAGCCGCAGCCGCCUGGGCCUCUCCGGGGGGACUUGGCCAAACUGAAGCCCCUGCUGGACCGGAGGAAGAGCCGCAACCGGCGCUAUCACGUCCCGGAGGUCUGAGAACUUGACACGAGCAAACCUCCACGCUGUUUACCCCCCCCCCCCCCCCCCCUCCAGAACCCUUCCUUCUUUUCUUUUUUUCAAACUCUCAUCUCAUCUCAAAACUGUGCGAGCUGGGGAGUUGUUAUUCGCCAUAAUCUCCCAUUCGUGCGGCAGAUGGCUGUGACAUCCACCAACGCACCACCCACAGGCGCCCACGAGCAGCUCGUUAGCCGUCACACACACCGAGGUGGCCCGGUGCGCGAGCGGCAGUAAUAAACUGUGCCCCCCCCCCCUUGCUUGUGAUAAUGCAGCUGUAGUCAAUGAUCUUAUCAUAUUUUUUCGAUAUUAGAAAGGAAACUAUAGACCGGGUGUUAACAAGCUCACGAUGGAUUUGUUCUUCACAACAACAAAAGAGGCGGUAAUUGAAAAAGAGACAAGGGGGGAGAGACAGAUGCAUGCUUGAGAGCGAGCGCCGUCUCAAAGUAUAAUAUUCGUUUUUUUUUUCGAUUCUACGCACAUUUCUCUAUUUACCUUCAACUAACAAACGAGUGAGUGGAGCGGCUGCGUGGGCGAACAUCAGGCAAUACAGAGUAAACAAAUAAAUAAGGGGUUGCUCAUGGGUUGACUGCCUCUCACGACGGCUCCGAUCCCACGAAGCACAGAUGGCGAGUGGUUCCAAUAAAAAGCGGCGCAUUACUUCGCCGUGUAUUAGUUCAAAGGCCAAGCUUAACAUCCUGUUUCCUAAACACAAAUAGUAGUAAAAUACAGAGUGGCGUGUCGAAUUCUGCGGGAAAUCUGUUGCAAACAUCUGACAAAAAUCAGCUGCACGUUGUGUUGCACUCCCCUUGUUUCUAGCACAGAAGCAUGUUUCUAGAAAUGCGUCAGUGAUGACGAGGGAUCUUAAAUCUCGCCUGGAUCACAUGGCGGAUUUGCAUAUUUUAGUUUUACGGCGUAGAUCACAUCUUACGGGAGAUGCUGACGCGUGACAAAAAGCUGUCAACAGCAAAAUAGGCCGUUUUAAUUAAUAAAUAGUCAUUAUUUGACUUCUGUGAAUUGAUUUUUUUUUUUCAAAGACGUAGUUCAUGUAGAUAGAGAUUAAUCGUUGUGUACAUAGUAUAUUUUCUUUUUCUUUCAUCCUUUUAAUUUAAUGUCGUGCAGAUGUUUGUGAGAGUGUGUACAUAAUGUCAACAUGAUGCACCAGCCUUAUGACUGUAUCUGCAAAUUGCAGAGACACAGAGUAUUAUUUUCAUUUUCACUUUCAUUUCCCUUUCUCCGUUUUAAUAAAUCUGUGCGACCGGCGUCACAUCAACUCCAAGUCGCUGUAACUUCAGUGUUAUGAAUCUUAUGUAUUUCUAUUUAUUAAUGUCGUGAUAGCCUGAAUAAAUCUGUUCUUUGAUGAAUCUCAAAUUUUA